AUGUUCAACUCCGCUAAGCAACAGUGUAACAAGCGCAAAGGCCCGAGUUACAUCGAUCUAACCUCCGACGGCUUGGACACCGACUCUUACGCCGAUCAGAAGAAGCCACCGCCCCGAAAGCUGGCAAAGUCAGCUUCGAUGUGGACAGACGAUUCGCACGAUGUCAAGCUCGUCAGUAGUGACGAAGAAGCGUUCUAUGUGCCUUCAUAUAUGCUCAAGGCCCAGAGUGCAGUCUUUCGGGACAUGCUCUCAAGCGAGCUGCUUGAUCCCUUCUUGUCAAGAUCGGACGGAAAUGCCAAAUUACCCCCUCAACGGCACCACCACGUCCUCGAGCUCAUAGAUGACGAGCUCGAAAACGCCGAAAACCUCACCAUCGUCCUCACCCUCCUCGACUCUCUCGACUAUACCCUCACCGACUUUGUAACCACUCACAAAUCCAAAACCCCCACCAUCAUGUGGUCCAUCCUCCUCUUUGCCAAGAAGUGGGACAUGCCCUUUCUCUGCUCCCGCCUGAGCGACUGGAUCUGCCAGCUCGCCGUCGAAUCCCACAAACCCCCUUACAACAAAUUCAGCCAAUUCGACUUUUUCAAGCUGGCAGCUUGUUCCGGUCUGCCGCAUGCGGCGUCGGUGGUGCUCUCGACGUGGUGGUGUCCGAAGGACAAGCCAGAAUGGACAGUGUGGGCGUUUACGGGAUGUAGGCCAUUGAACCCAGAGUUUUUGACGAGGAGGGAGUGGGUGGCGUUGCCGCCAGAGUAUAAGAGGGCAUUGCAGAGGUCGUUGACGUUGCAUCCCAGGGAUAGGCUGGCGAGGGCUAGGGAGUUUCAAGCGAUGGUCACGACGGACAUGUAG